AUGGCAAGCCCAACUGGCCACUCCAUAAACGUUAAUGAUCCCAGCUUGAUCUCGCUGGUUAACAAGCUCCAAGAUGUCUUCUCUACAGUUGGCGUUCACAAUCCCAUCGACCUGCCACAAAUCGCUGUCGUUGGAUCGCAGUCCAGCGGAAAGAGUUCGGUACUAGAGAACAUUGUCGGCCGGGAUUUCACACAAGCGAACGGCGAAAAGAAGCUAGACACAUCUGAUAGCGAGGCCAACGUCGACGAGUACGGUGAAUUCCUGCACUUGCCCGGGGAGAAGUUCUUCGAUUUCAACAAGAUCCGCGAUGAGAUCGUCCGCGAAACCGAGACCAAAGUUGGCAAGAACGCCGGCAUCUCGCCCAUUCCGAUCAACUUGCGCAUCUACUCGCCCAAUGUCCUCACCCUGACCCUCGUCGAUUUGCCCGGUCUGACCAAGGUUCCCGUCGGUGACCAGCCUAAGGACAUUGAGAAGCAAAUUAAGGACAUGGUUCUCAAGUACAUCAGCAAGCCCAAUGCCAUCAUUCUCGCCGUCACCUCGGCCAACCAGGAUCUGGCCAACUCCGAUGGUCUCAAGCUGGCACGCGAAGUGGACCCCGAGGGACAGCGCACCAUUGGUGUCUUGAGUAAGGUCGAUCUGAUGGACGAUGGAACUGACGUUGUGGAUAUUCUCGCUGGACGGAUUAUUCCCCUGCGUCUGGGCUACGUUCCAGUCGUCAACCGUGGUCAGCGUGAUAUUGAGAACAAGAAGCCGAUUGCCUACGCCCUGGAGAACGAGAAGAAUUUCUUUGAGAACCACAAGGCCUACAGGAAUAAGGCUUCAUACUGCGGUACCCCGUACUUGGCCCGGAAAUUGAACCUGAUCUUGAUGAUGCACAUUAAGCAAACCCUUCCCGAUAUCAAGGCUCGCAUCUCUUCCUCCCUCCAGAAAUACACAACGGAACUUUCUCAGCUCGGCGAUUCGAUGCUGGGCAACAGCGCCAACAUCAUCCUCAACAUCAUCACCGAGUUCAGCAAUGAAUACCGCACUGUAUUGGAAGGAAACAACCAGGAACUAUCCAGCAUUGAGCUGUCUGGUGGUGCUCGUAUCAGCUUUGUGUUCCACGAGCUCUACUCUAACGGUGUCAAGGCCGUGGACCCCUUCGAUAUUGUCAAGGAUAUUGAUAUUCGUACAAUCCUCUACAACUCCUCAGGUUCUUCCCCUGCGCUGUUUGUCGGUACUACCGCCUUCGAAUUGAUUGUGAAGCAGCAGAUCAAGCGCCUGGAGGACCCCAGCACGAAGUGUAUCUCCCUGGUAUACGAUGAGCUGGUGCGCAUCCUGGGUCAACUUCUCAACAAGCAACUGUUCCGUCGCUACCCGAUGCUGAAGGAGAAGGUCCACGCCGUGGUUAUUUCCUUCUUCAAGAAGUGCAUGGAUCCUACCAACAAGCUGGUCAGGGACUUGAUCAACAUGGAGGCCACCUACAUUAACACUGGCCACCCCGACUUCCUCAAUGGACACCGCGCUAUGACCCUUGUCAACGAGCGCCAGUCAGCCGCCAAGCCCACACAAGUUGACCCCAAGACCGGCAAGCCUCUACCCGCUCGCGCCCAAAGCCCAUCUUUGGAUACCACUGGCGAGGCCAAGGAAAGUGGAUUCUUUGGCAGCUUCUGGGCCUCGAAGAACAAGAAGAAGAUGGCCGCCAUGGAGGCUCCCCCGCCUACCCUUAAGGCCUCUGCCAGUCUGUCGGAGCGCGAGGCUACCGAGGUUGAGGUUAUCAAGCUGCUCAUCACCUCUUACUUCAACAUCGUGAAGCGCACAAUGAUCGACAUGGUUCCCAAGGCUGUUAUGUAUACACUGGUGCAGUUCACCAAGGACGAGAUGCAACGCGAGCUGUUGGAGAACAUGUACCGCAACAACGAGUUGGAUGACCUGCUUAAGGAGAGUGAUUACACGAUCCGCCGACGAAAGGAGUGCCAGCAAAUGGUGGAGAGCUUGGGUCGCGCUAGUGAGAUCGUCAGCCAGGUGCAGUAA